UCGAGCGACCGCGUCCUGCGCGACCUCCGGUGGAGGAUGAGACGGUUAAUGCACUUGCAAACACCGCUUACCAAGUAUCGCAUGAUAGAUGUCACAUUUCAUACUUAAUUUUAACGUAAAUCCGUUUAACAGAUAAUAUUUAUAUUCUAAAUAAAGCGAUGAGGGAACGCUUGUGACAAUACUCGGUGACAUGGACCCGGCGGAGAUCGAGUUUUUAGGUGAGAGGCAACUGGUUGAAAUAGUGCCGAAUUUCAAUAACAGCACGAUUCACCUGAUCUCCGGAUCGUUCGGCCCUUUUCGCGCGGGUCUACCUCUAAAAGUCCCGAUAUGGUUGGCAGUUAGUUUAAAACAGCAGCAAAAGUGCCGGAUAAUAUGCCAUGAUUGGAUGGAGCCGAAUAACCUAGAAAACCUCAAAGAAAUGGAGAAAGCUUCUAAGGUUUUCACAAAAAUGCCAAGCAACCACUACAUGGAAGAAGCUCAACUGCUUCUUAACGCAGCACCCGAUGACAUUCCAGAGAUAGAUGAUAUCAGAACGAUGAUAAAGGAUAUAUGGGAUAUACGAACGUCAAAAUUGCGUACGUCGAUCGAUGCCUUUUUGAAAUCCGAUGGCACGCAUGCUCAAUUGGAUCAUCUAACCCUAAUGGAGAUCAAUAGCGUGAGAUCGUUACUGCCUCAUGCUCUUGACCAAAUGCUACGAAUACAAUUGAGAGACAACCAAGGCAGUUCAUCUCAGAACUCGGAGAGUUCACAAUAGUUGAUUGAAAUAGUGCAUAAUAAAUUUUCAUUCGCUUAUAUCACAAUCUAUAUUUAUAUAACCAGUUUGUAUCAUAAAUGCAUCAUUCUUUGAUAUAUUCA